CCAACUUGUAUCACUUCAGACACACUUUCUUCCCAUCUGGCUUUGCGCUGCACCUUCAGUCUUCAGAUGUCACUGCCAUUCGCAACAUCGUCGCUUCUACCUCGUUUGCGAGUCCACAUACGGAGUACUUCGAUUUGACCCAAGAGUCAUGGCAUAACAACCCUCACUCCUCUCAGCUUGGUUCUACCCUCCCUGCAUCUGUUCGCUUUCGACUAGCCUCCCUACGCAACAACUGCUAUCUUGCUAUCGCCUCACCAGAUCCGUCUCCAGCUAUCAGCGACUUCAAUCAAUCCAGAUUUCUAUGCUUCGACUACGUCUAGCCCACCAUGCCGUCCAAUAAAGUCUUCCAGACCGACAAAACUCGUACUUACAGCGCAUCUACCUCCUUCAAUUUGACUGUCCUCAUUUCCGGCUCUGGGUCCAACCUCCAGGCCCUGAUCGAUGCUUGCGGUCAAGCACCUCCCUCAAAAAACAAACCUGCUCCCAAACGUCUCCUCCCACACGCUGAAAUAAAACAUGUCAUCUCAAAUCGGCGUGAAGCCUAUGGACUGACGCGCGCCAUGGAGGCCCAUAUUCCUACGACAUACCACAACCUGCUGGAGUACAAGAAGAGAUAUCCAGAUGACAUACAAGCUGCGAGGAACCAUUAUGAUGCUGAUCUGGCUCAGAAGAUCCUCACACAUAUCCCCAGCCCAGAUCUAGUCGUUUGCGCAGGAUGGAUGCACAUACUGUCACCAGUGUUCAUUAACGCGCUAGCUGCGGCCAAUGUGCCUGUCAUCAAUCUUCACCCUGCGUUGCCUGGACAAUUCAAUGGCGCAAACGCGAUCGGGCGCGCUUAUGAAGCUUUCCAAAAAGGAGAGAUCACCAACACUGGGAUCAUGGUGCACUACGUGGAAGCAGAUGUCGACAUGGGUCCACCAGUCAUGGUCAAAGAGGUCCCCUGCAAAUCUGGAGAUUCUCUGGAAGAUUUGGAAAACAGAAUCCACGAAACAGAGUGGAAGUUGAUCGUGGAAGCCACUGGAAAAGUGUUGGCACAAUUGGCGGGACAGAGACGAUCGGAAAGUUGAGCGCAAUUCCGCAGAAUGACUGCUUGAAACAAGGAACCUCUGUGCCUCCUCUUGCAACAUGGCCCCGAGAGGUCACUAGGCUUACAAGAGUCAUUCCUUUACUGCAGCAAGGUGUUUCAAGGAUUAUUGGAUGAUCUCUAAUAGAGGAGUCUUCAAGGGACGGGCAAUUGGUGGCGACCCGUUGUGACUGGUGUUAUUCCCCCUUUUUUGCUACUUAUAUUCCGUUGUGUCCAUGUUGGUUCGAGCACACAUGACGCAGAACAAGACAGAUGAGGAUUGGAGACUCUGCUUGAAGAGCGGAACGGUGCGAGAAACCAGCUUAUCACACCUCGACGAGGACAACAGGAUGAACGACAGAAUGGAACUGCGAUGGCUCAUUGAAUCAUGAUCAAGCGCUGCGGUGGAUCGGGCUAUUGACUGAUAUGUUGAGAAUUGGAACAAAAUCUCAUAUAUCUGCUGAUCUUGAUCUUGUGGUGGAAAUGGUACCUAGGUAGCAAAACUCAAGCGCAGCUUGGAUUACCGGUCACCCUUCAAGGUGAAGCAUAGCGUAGCUUUCAAUGAAUAUCAAUUGAUGACGAG